ACCCCAUCGCUCUCGAAAAUUCCCCUUCACGUCCCUCUCUUUCUCUCUCUCUCUCUCUCCAUUUCGAACGGCCCUUGGACGAGGACGAAGACGAAGGAUCCAUUUCCCUCCCCGUUCUAAUCGACUCCUCAAAACCCUAACCCUAUUCCAUUCUCGAUCGGAGGAGGGGCGGAGGAGGAUGAGCGGAGGAGACGACGCGAAGAGCCGCGGCGGCGCCGCGGCGAGCGAUCCCCAGCCCCAGCGCGCCCAGUACGGCACGUUCCAGGGCGGCGUCGGCGUCCCCGACUACUCUCGCCCGGCGAUCGGCUUCCCCCAGCCGGCGCCGCCGCCAGGGGUGGCGGCGCCGCCCCCGGCCUACGCCGUGCCGUACUAUGCCCAUGGGUAUCAGGCCGUGCCAGUUCAAGGCUAUGUUGCUGUUGUUGAAGGAAGGCCUUUAAGAAUGCCCCGUCUUCCCUGUUGUGGCAUUGGCAUAGGCUGGUUUCUGUUCAUCAUCGGUUUCUUUCUAGCUGCUAUUCCCUGGUAUGUUGGAGCCUUCAUCCUACUUUGUGUCAGAGUAGAUUACAGGGAGAAACCAGGAUUUGUUGCUUGCACUAUUGCUGCUGUUCUGGCCGCAAUUGCGAUUCUUCUAGGGCUGACGAAAGGAACAGAUGUAUGGUGAAUCUUUUACGAAUGGCGUCGAACUGCGCACCUCCAAUGAGCAUGUUGUUCCCUCUGUUCAUUCAACUUGAAUUCUGUGCAGAUAUAUAAAUUCAAUAUGUAUGUAAGGCGGAGUUUGAUUUCUUAUGUGCUUCGUGCUUGACAAUAAAUGAAUUCGAAUCCAAAAAAAAUUGUGACAUUUAAAUCCGAGCCAUAUAUCUAGAUGAUGGAUUUUCAAGUA